CCAGUUUUGGCUUCCACAUUCUACGGUUAUACUACUUGUUUUGCUGUGUUUCAGUUUAAAAGUUGGAUCAAAUAAUUUAAAAUGUUUCAUUCCUUUUUGCUUGGUAUCUCCAUUAUUUUCUUCCUUCAGAUUGAUGGGGAAGGUGUAAAUGGAAUUCAUAUGACGCGCUCCAUGAAGUUUCAACAAGAAUGCGCAAAAAAUCUGGGUGCUUCAAAAGAGGAAUCCGAAAAGUUAAAGACAGUUAACUUCCAAUACCAAUAUAAGUGCUACAUGAAAUGUGUGGCUGAAAAGUUUGAAGUGAUGGUCGACGGAAAAUUGAACGAACCGAAAAUUGAAGAAUAUUUAAAACGGGCUGCGGGUGGCGAUGAAACUAAGUUGGAAGAAUACAAAAAGUCUUAUGAAACUUGCAAGGAUAGAACCGACCCUGAUGCUUGCGAAACUGCAGGCAAACUUUAUGAGUGUGGGAAGAAUACUAACUCGGAGUUGCUUCAAGAGCUGGUUACUAUCAUAUCCAGUGAGGCAAAUGCGGACGAGAGCAAAACGGAGUGAACUUUUUUAUUGAUGAUACAUACAAUAAUUUGUUAAUUUAAUUGGAAAUUUUUCACAAAAAAUUUAACAAAUAUAAUUAGCGAAAUAAUUGGAAAUGAUAUAUAAUUAUUUUCAUUGUU